UGGUCGGUUAGCGUGCAGCUCGUCUCUGCUGCUCCUCAGUUCGCCGUUCGGCUCGACCCGUCGCCAUGGCGCUCAGGAGCUCCGUCUCGCUGGUCCUUCCUGCCCGCAGCCUCUGCUGCCACAUCCGCACGGCCGCCACGGCCAUGGUCACCUACUACCUGGUCUCCACCAUCCUGGUACUUGUGGACAUGGUGUCCGCAGUCAUUAACGGCAGAGACUUAUGCGGAUUCGUCCACUCGGAGCAUUUGACACACAGCCAGCGCAUCUUCGACAUUACCUCCAACCUCCUGCUGGUGGCCGUGAUGAUCAUCUCCAGCGUGUUCGCCUUGGUCAGCCUGUGGAAGAGGUCUGCCCAUCAGCUGGUGCCCUUCAUCGUCCUCCUCUUCCUGGACGCAGCUCUCACUCUGAUGUCCCUGUUCAGCAGCCAGUGGGGGCUCCCGGGGACCCCCAGCUUCGAGCAGGGUCACAAGAUCAUGGAGCUUCUGAGCUCGGAGAAGGGGAAGGAGCUCACCCCUGCUGAGAUGGCCCACCUCACCAUGAUCUUCAGCGUCUUCUUCAUCCUCUACCUGUUGAUGAAGGUGUACAUGGCACAGACCGUCCUCCACUAUUACUUUGUCAUGAAGGCUCAGGCUCAGGCUCAGAAGAGCACACGUGAUGAGAAGAGUGUGUCGGUGGACCUGCCCUCCUACGAUGAGGUCCUGAAGCUGCCUUCCAAGGCCCGGCUGCCAGCCUAUCAGGAGGCCUGAGGGGCAGACUGGCCACGCCCCCUCCCAUUCUGCCACGCCCCUCCUCCUGCACUCUUAAAGCGACGGCAGCUUCUUCGCCACCGCUUGAGUCCCGCUUGGUGGGCCCCUCGCUCGCUUCUCCUCCUGCGGGACUUCCAUCCUCACAGCAAUCUAGUUACGAAAUGGUGACCGAAGCGAAAUGAUGAAACACGAUGAAGAAGAAUCGAGUCGGUCGGCUCACGCUGCGGCGACUGAGUCACACCAGACUGGUUAGGGCUGGUUAGUGCCGGUCACAGAUGGUUAUCGCUGAGCUCCAAACGCCCUCAGGCUAAUUAUACGAAUGACAGCCCAUGCGAACGCAGCACUUCCUCUGAUGAAUGUGGAAGUAAAAGUACUGAGUUGUACAGUUAAUACAACGAGAAACUUCCUGCGCUGCGUCUCACGCCUCCUUCACGCGCUUCUGUCUGCCCGCUGAACAGAUGUGGCAUUUUCACCAUGUAUUACUGUGUAUUACUGUAAGAAAGGUUGUAGGCUGGCGAGCUGAGGCAUGGGGGGACAUGGGAGGAUUCUUGCAUUUGCAGCUUGGCUUCUGCGCUCAGAAAGGGAAAUAAAGUCGAACG